CCGGUUCUCCCUGGCUCAAGCCUGACCGGUUCCCGAGCCAGUCUUAACCAAAGCAAAGCAGACGAGGAGCCAAGGGUGGGUGAUGGCCAUCCGCUUAGAAGCUGGGGAGUCCGAGGAGCCACGUGAAUGGGCCCAAGUGGACAGCAGGGCCUUGGACGACCUCUCUCCGGAGACCUUGGAGUCCUUCUCGGACGAGGUACAGAGUUCAUGUUCAUUCAGUUCCCCUGGAGGACUGCUGCCCUCGCCCCAGGUCUCGGGGGGCAAACCUGAGAGUGGAAAGCCCACUGCACGCUUGGAAUAUCCAGAUAAACAAUCUGAGCUUUCAGAAAAGAGGUUUAGUGGGAAAAGAAUCAGCUACCUCAAGGGCAAAGACACUAACUCUGGCGGGCACCCACCAGACACUCCACCUCAAACAGACAUCACUGAUGAACAAAUGCAUGCCCUGCAGACCUUUUGCACCGUUAAGGUAAACCUGAUGCAUCACAGAGCUGCCUCCAAAGGGAAGAAGCGCAGCAGGCAUAAGAAGCUGCAGCUUCGAUUGGGUGCAGAGGCUUCAGAGGUAGAUGCCACCAGCUGUGCUGCCCCCGACGAGCUUUUGAACAGAAUGCAUUUAAAAAACGUGAUGGCAACACUAAAACAGGCGGCAGCGGUUAAGCAACACGUUCCUUCGAGGUGCCCUGAUUGUAUCAGGAAAAGAGCAGAACUGGCUCAAUCCGCCUUCCUGAAACGAAAGAAGACUUUACUGGAGUCACUUCUCCUCCAAGAGAAAAUAGAUGAGCAUCUUCAUACUAAAGACUUCCUUACCUUUAUUGGAGAAGCACACCGGGGCCUCCCCAGGCUUUCAGAUGACCCCAGAAUAAUCUGGAAAAGACUGAAUGAGAAAAGCCAGAAGAGGGACUCUGGUUUGGAAAGGUCAGAUCCAGAGCAGAAGAUGUAGUGGAAUGGAAAUAGGGCUUGUCAUUCACUGUUUGCUCUACCACCCCUCAAACCACUUACUCUAACCAAACAGGAGAUGCUGUUUAUUAAUGAUAAUGUGUAAUGUGGAUAGAUGGUUUUGUUGUGUAUUUGAAUAAUUGUCAUCAUUUCUACAAGCACUUUGGAAACUAACUUAAAAAUUUGCUAUGCUUCCUUCACAGAUUUGAGGACUAAGAACUUUUGAUCCAGUAUGUUUUUCAGAUUAUAGAGGGCAACAUGGUAGUUGGGAUAGUUACAAAGAUUUUACAACAAUCCAGGAGAGAGAUGCUGGUAAUUUUGGACUAGGGUUUUGACAGUACAGAUAGAAGUACAGAAACGUAAGAGAUACUUAAGGAAGUAAUAAUUGACAUUCUUGGUGAAGAAAUGGGAAUGGGGAUCUAAUGAAUGUU